CUGUGAAUUCCUUGCACCAGCGGUAACGAUGCAGCGGCCUGCGGAAAGUGACGUCGGCGAUGCCCCACUGACGCAGGCCGAACUAGCGGCACAACUAGGGAAAUUUGAGGGAUACAAGGAGAAACUAGAGGCAGACAUCGAUAAGCUUGAACAGCGGAGGGCGAAGCUGCAAGAGGACUCGGACGAGUACGAAAAGCUUGUGGCCGGUGUGGCCACGUUCGUCAAGGACGGCGCCACCUCUCUCGAGGGCCAGCGUGUGGACGUGGGCUGCGAUGUCAAGUGCGCGGCGCGUGUGCCAGACGUCAGCAGGAUCUACGUGUCCGUGGGCCUAGGAUUUCACGUGGAGUCGGCGCUAGGGGAGGUGCGGGGCCUGGUGGCGCCGCGGCAGGAGCACCUUCGGCAGCAGCUGGCGGAGCUGGACAAGCAGCUGGGGGACGCCAGGGCCACGGCGGCAGCGUUUAAAGGCUCACUGCAGAUAUUGAAAGAGGGCGCGACGGUGUGAGCGUGCAGGGACCUUUAGGAGAGAUAGGUUGGGGCUAGCGCACGCGUGCAGAUGCGAUGGUGGCGGGGAGUGGAUUGUGGGCCCCGAUGCGGAGCUGUGCCGGUGUGCCUGAGCGGGCACACGCUUUGACAGCACAAAUAAGCGACGAGCUGGUCCUGAUGUAAAGAAGCUUCUGAUUGAUGCCGACUUGCAAAGCACCCCUACACUGCGCCCCUGUCUGUUUCGCUCGCCCGAUCCGGUGAGCGCCGUGCCAUGUCACGCCAUUUGCCGUGUACGUAGCACCGAGAUAUCGUGCGCAGCUUUGUCACACGGUGUGAGUAUGCAAGCGGCAUCCGCUUUGCUGUUUGUAAGCGGGACGCGUC